GAGAGUGCACAACUUGCAAGUCUAAUCUCCUCAUCUUCCAAACCUAUAUUACACAAUUAUGCAGUCUUUACUCCGAUGGGGCGUAGAAAAUUCAUCCCCAGGUGACCCCCCUCCAAGACCCAUUAACAACCUCGAUCCAGGCAUCAUCGAUCACAUCCUCGGCAAACCAGAUGCCCAAUUAAUGAAGGAAGCUCUUAAAAUCGGAGUAGACGAAACGCAGGCUGAAGAUGAUAGGCUACAAGCACUUGAUGAUCUUGAGAUGCUAGUUCAGAACAUCGACAAUGCAAAUGACCUGAAGAAACUCGGGAUGUGGGAACCUCUACAUGGUCUCCUCACAGCAUCCAGCACAACCGAUGCUCUCAAAAUGCAGACUUUGUGGAUAAUCGGUACAGCACUUCAAAACAAUCCAGCUGCUCAACUAGCUUACCUCGAGCUGGAGCCCCUCCCAGCACUCAUUAGAUCCCUUUCACCAUCCUAUAACUCAGCAGAAACCCGUUCAAGAGCCGUAUACGCAUUAUCUGGUCUCCUAAAACUCAAUGCUGCUGCCGUCCAACAAAUGUCCGUAGUAGGCGGAUGGAGCGCACUUCGCGCAUCUCUAGAAGAUUCAGAAAUCCGAGUCCGCAGAAAAACAGCAUUCCUACUCAACGCACUCCUCCUACCAAACUCUGACGACAAAGUAAACCUGCAAUCAAAUAUGAGCCUUCCUUCGUCAGCAAACGCACCAGUUCAUGCAAACUCGCAUGCUUCGAUGCUCUCAGAUCCAUCCUCCGUUUCGACGUAUGGCAUCACACUAUCUGCUAUCCAGAACGAACAGACAGAGGAGGGAUCGUCGUUGCUCGAUGCGUUGGUAUCGGCGUUGAUUGAGCCUGUGCCGUUUGGGCCUGAUGGUGAGAAAGAUAAAGAUGAGGAGUUUCAGGAAAAUGUUAUCAGAAUUUUGUACACGUUCGUUGCAUGCUGCAACGGCAGCUUUUCAGCCGCGCAGAAACACAGUCUUCAGGGUUUCCUAGGAGAAACGACUAUGACUGAAUCAGAUAACUUUGGCCUGACGAGCGGCGAACUUCAGGAAUUGAGCGAUGCAGUGAGGGGAUCGUAGCCGAACAAGUCACAAACUUCAAGUGAUUAGAGGGAUUCG